GAGGAAGAGGAGAUGGACGUGGAUGCUGGCAAGAAGUUGCCCAAGCGCUACGCCAAUCAGCUGAUGCUGUCUGAAUGGCUGGUCGAUGUCCCCUUGGAUCUGGAGCAGGAGUGGGUUGUAGUGGUGUGUCCUGUUGGGAAAAGGGCGCUAGUCGUGGCAUCCAGGGGCACAACAGCAGCUUACACCAAGAGUGGCUUCUGCGUCAACAGGUUCCCAUCCCUGCUGCCAGGGGGCAACCGGCACAAUUCAACAACCGAGAAAGUGUACUCCAUCUUGGACUGUAUCUACAACGAGGCUAAGCAGACGUACUAUAUCCUCGAUGUGAUGUGCUGGAGAGGACACCCCGUUUAUGACUGUCAGACCGACUUCAGAUUCUUCUGGCUCUUCUCAAAGAUCCAAGAGGAGGAAGGGCUGGGAGAGAAAAGCAGGAUUAAUCCAUUCAAAUUUGUGGGCCUGCAGAACUUCCCCUGCACCUCGGACAGCCUGUGUAAGGUGUUGGCUAUGGACUUCCCCUUCGAGGUUGAUGGACUUCUCUUCUAUCACAAGCAAACCCACUAUACCCCUGGCAGCACCCCACUGGUGGGCUGGCUCCGGCCCUACAUGGUACCUGAAAUCCUCGGGCUGGCCGUGCCCGCUACCGUGCUCACCGCCAAACCAGACUAUGCUGGGCAUCAGCUCCAGCAGAUCAUUGAAAGCAAGAAGAGUAAAAAGCUGGCAGCAGCAAAGGGUCACCCCAGCAGCGCGCCGGCUGCGAGGAACGGACAUUACGAGCUGGAACACUUGUCUACCCCUCAGCCAGCAAAUUCUCUGGAGCGCCAGGAUGGAGCAGUGAGCCAGAUGGAGAAUUAGGCUGCUGGGACAGACCGGUUGGGUAAGGAGAAAGCAAAAGGUUCCUUGCUUCUCACUGUCGCUCACCCUCCCUGAGAGGGGGCAGAGGUAAUCAUAGGAUGGUUUUGUUUAAAGGGCACGAAAGUGGAAUAUCUUGCUCCAAGUGCCACUGGAUUUUUUUU